CGAGUAUAUAAAUGUAAUGUUUCCUGUGUCCUAGUUUAGUACUGCGCAGCAUUACUACCAACAAUGAAGUCGAUUCUCAUACUUAUUUCUUUACUUGGUAUAACACUCCCUUCGGCACACUCCCGCCAUGUUCCGUUUUAUAGAAAAGAUUAUACGUACAUUGAACACUUUGAUGCUUUCUAUAAAGUCCACUGGGACAUUAGUGGAACGAAUUGGAACUUGGCUUUCUUGACCUGUGAAGAUGAAGGCGCUUUGCUGUUCUAUCCGAAAGCUCAAGGAGAGUGGGCCUUGGUGAAGAACCUUACUGAAAUGAUGACAGAAGUGCCAAAUGUGACGGAAAUAUUUGUUGGAUUCCACAACGAAUUUAACUUAGGAGAGUUUGUAACCGUCGAUGGAUAUUCAACCCCAUACCCGCUAAAUGUUCACAGUCCUCUGAGUGAUCCGAACCUAGAUAACUGUGUGACAAUGAGCAUUGAUACUGGCAAAUUCCAUGAGGAUUCUUGUACCCGGACAACAAGCACGCCCCUACCUUUUGUUUGCAAGAAAACUGAAGACGAAUCGUGCCCUACUAUUGACAAAGGUUACAAAUAUAUAAAAUCCUCACAUAAAUGUUAUAAGGUGAACAACAAACCACAAACAUGGCAAGGGGCUAUGAAGACUUGUUUCAUGGAAGGCGGAAUACUGGCAGUCAUAGAGGACAGUGCACAGGCAAGGGAUGUCUAUAAUAUGGUGGAUGGCAGUCCUGAAUAUUUUGUGGGAGUCCGAAGACUUUUCUCUCAAAGUGAUUACUAUACAGUGAAAGGUCACAAGUUCAGUGAUAUGUACAGUCUGUCAUACAACGAUCAAAAUGGUGAUUGUGGCACAGUUUCAAGUAGAAAUAGUGAUCGUAUUUAUACUUCUACUGCGGAUUGUGACCAAAGGUUACCGUUUAUUUGCGAGAUGGAAGCACAAAAAUGAACUUUUUAAACUUUAUUUUGUCAUUCAGCUUUAUAAAACGAAAUAAUAAAUAUUAUACAUAAGCAAGAAAAACCUUUCUU